AUGCAUCUUUCCAUCACCGUAGGUGUUGUGCAACACGUUAGCGACUUGCUUCGUUGUUGUUAUUCGGUUUGUGUUUCUCGGUUGUACCGUCCUUUUCACCGUCAACGUAUUCGGGCACCGAUGAUGCGCGAUAGGCGUCACGUCUUGCCGGACGCAAACUUUGACGGUCCGGCGCUGCUCGAUGAGCAGACGCAGAUGCUAUCCGACGCUCCCCCCGCCGACAUUAACUCUUUGCUGUUUCUGAAGCUGCGUCUCAGCGCACAACAGCGUGCUACGGCGCAGCGCAACUACUGGCAGCGCGCACAGCCGGAGGGGGAGGGGAUGCCCGGAGGGGCAACCCACGCUGUCGGUCGAAGCAACGCGGCAUCGUCGAAGACGUCAAAUGCAGCUCCUAAUGGGGACACAGAGUCCUACCCCGCGGUUUCGAACUGGAAUGUGCAGCCGACGCCGGUGCGGACAUCGGUCGCGGCCUCUGCCGCCUGCCCAAACAGCGUUCCCCAAAGCAGCGUGAGAAACGAGAGCGUCUACGAGCACGUGCCGCUCACGCCCGGCGCACGCGCCUCGUUGGACGACACCUCGGCGGCACCGCGGCCGCAGCAAUUACCUGUCGGGUCGCAUCAAACACCGUUUGAGGACAUGCCCGCCUCCGCGGCAAAGCGCGCCAUGUCGAGUGCGCCGUCUGCGUCGGAGUCGUCGCUCCCCAGCCACUCGGAAAUCCGCCCGGCUGCGGUGGACGAGAAGCCGGCGACGGCGAGCGGCACGCCGAAGUUGCCAGCCGGGGCGGACGACAUGCGGGAUGUGCCGUUGGUGCCGUGCCCCCACUGUGGCCGCACUUUCGCCCCCGAUAGGCUGGAGCGGCACGCAAUCACGUGCGAGCGGCAGCAGAUCACACAUCCUAAGCCAAAGACGGACGGCAAGGAUCGGAAGGUGUCCAUCAGCAGCGUAGGCAGCAGCGGGAAGCCCGAACGUGCUGCUGCUGCCACGGCGGCGGCGGCCUCUAGUGGCAGCGUCAAGACGGAGAAGUGGCGGCGGCAGAGUGCGCAGCUGCGGAGUGCCUUGGCGGGCACAUCCGCCGUCGAGGACGACCGUGUGCAGUGCCCGCACUGUGGGCGCCGCUUUGCCAAGGACACUGCCGCUCGCCACAUUCCGCUCUGCAACGCAAAGGAGGAGCGCCAUCCCUGA